UUUUAUAUUCCUCUUGAAGAAAAAGUACUGUGAACUGUCACAUGCUACAUUAACUCAUGUUGGACUUUUUAUCUUUUGGCUGAAUCUUAAGGGGUAUAGUUAGCAUUUCUGAUAGAUUGAAAUGACAAAUUUUCUAGGUCAGGUGUCUAUGAUUCAGAAGUAGUGUUUUAAGUAUGAUAUUGAGUGCAUAUAUGUAUAUUAGCAGGUUGUUCAAUCAAUUACAAUUUAAACAAUGUUUUGACAUUAUCUUCAGAAACUAGAUCUGCCUUGCCUCCAAGCCAUAGGUUCAGCUUCAGCUAGCAGCUGCUUCCAUCUGGCUAAAGUGUGGUCAUCUGAAGUAGAACCUUCUCAAAGACAUUGCUAUUGACACUGGGCAAAUCUCAGCUUCUCUUCCUGACUGCUCUAUGCAAACUCCCCUUGGAAGCACCUUGGAUCACCAUUACUAGGUUUGUUUCAUGCUGUUUUUAUGUCCAGCAUGUCAGGCCCUCUCCAGUUUUUACACCACUUAGAUCCAGGAAGGCUUGCUACUGGCCAAAGCAAAGGGCCGCAUGAGGUUACACCAUCAGAAAUCAGGCAUCUAUCAGCUCCCACAUCUUGGAAAAAUUGUCCAGUGAUCUCAGGCCUGUUUAGAUUCACCUUCCAAGUGGUUCUCACCAGGAACCCAAUGACGUACAACAAAGGGACAACUGAUCCAGCCUAUCCUGACCUUGGUGGUUUGUUGGCAAAAAACAAGAACCUUUUAGCUGAGCUAAGAAAUCUUCAAAACAAACUUUUCAUAAGAGAAACUUCAUUGCAAGAGAUGAAAAGUGAGCUAAAAAAUUACAAAGAAAAUAACAUGCAACAAUCGUUCUGGAUAAUGUACCUGAAAGAUAAUAUCAAGGACCUAGAGGAACUUAUUGCUUCUCUAACCAGAAUUAAAUCUUUGAAUAACACCAAUAUUCAGAGUCUUAAAAGGGGCAACUGGGAUCUAAUUGAAAGAAUUAGAGGACUAGAAAAUCGCCUAAGAAGAGAUCUAAUCACAGUCAUCUCCUCCCUUUCCCCCAACCUUGUAUCCUCACAGGACAAAACAUUCGAAAAGCUCAGGCAAUCUCUAACAAAAGCUGAAGCAUUGAAAGGGAAGACUGUUAUGAAAACAGACAACUUGAAAACUACAUUAAUCUCUGCUGAGCAAGUGGCAAGAUGGGACAAAGAGAGGGGCCAUCAGAUGUUACAUGCUGUCACUCCUGAGCUCUGCACAGCAGAGAGCACACUUAAAAAAGCAUCAGGACAACAAGAGCUUGUUGACUUUCAAGAAACUAUUAUGAAGAUGUUGGGAUUUAACGUAAAAACAUCAGACAAGGAAAUCAUUACUCACCUAAGGCUUAUUAUAAAAGCUUAUGAAGCAUCUAAAAAAUCAAAGAUUGCUUCUGAUUGUGGGACUGGACAGGAUAAUGAAUAGAAAAUUUCUGCCUCUUAAUUACUACCAACAAGGACUUCAA